AUGCCCGCUCCAUCCGAUAUCCUCAGCGACCCUGAGAUUGCGCAGGCAUACGAAGACGUGCGUUCAGACAAAUCCGAGACCACGUGGCUUAUCUUGAAGUAUGCAUCCGCAACUUCAGAUAAUCUCAAACUUGCCGGUACAGGAAGCGGCGACAUCGCCGAGAUGACUGAGAGCCUCGGUGACGACGAAGCUGCUUAUGCCUAUGUACGCAUGAAGCUAGGGAAUGAUGAGUACAGUGAACGCGUCAAGUUUGCUUUUGUUGUUUGGCAAGGACCUCAAACGAAGGUGAUGCGCAAGGCCAAGAUGAGCUUCCAGAGUGGGCAGGUCAAGCAAGUCAUCCGCACUUAUGCUGUAGAGAUUCAGACAGGCGACAAGAAGGAUUUGGAUGAAGAGGCAGUAACGCUGAAGCUUAGAAAAGCCAUGGGCGCGAAUUAUGAUCGCCAGAAAACGAACUACUAG